CAACUUGACUGUCAUUGUGCAAUCGUGGUCAACGUACUGUCUGUAAUUCCUCCAAACUUCAAACAGAGGGCAGAUUUGCAAUUGCAAACACCACACAGGGCGCAGCAAUCUCUUCUUGGAGGCAUCAAUUUCGAAAAUGAACAAAUAUACUUUUUUAUAUAUCCUGUGCAUUUUGUGUACGGUUCGUUUAACUACACCAUUCAACGCAGAGCGGAGUUCCCAAGACAUCUUAAUCACUAGCAAAUUGCGCACCAAAAGGCAGAGUUGUCAAGAUGGCACUUACCAGCAUGAGGGAAUGGCAUGCUGUCUCUGUGCGGCUGGCCAACAUCUGGAGAGCCACUGCAGUGUGAGCCCAGAGGAUGGGACCUGUGUUUACUGUGAGGAAGACAGGACCUACAACAGUGACCCCAACUCUCUGGACUCCUGUGAGCCCUGCACUUCCUGUGACCCUAAAGCCAAUCUGGAGGUGGAGGACAGAUGCACCAUCUUCAAGGACUCAGUAUGUCGAUGCCAGCAGGGCCACUACUGUAACAAGGGGAAGGAGCACUGCAGGGCCUGCUACCCAUGUACCAUAUGCAGUGAAGAGGGCAUCAAGGUAGCCUGUAGCGCCACCAACAACACCAUAUGCCAUGCCUUCAAAGAACAAGGAAGCAAUUUGGCAGUAGGAUUUGUCCUGACUACUGUUCCUCUUGUCGUUUUGAUUGUGAUCAUUUGCCUGUGGCGAAAAAAUAAAUGUUGUUUUGGGCCAAAUGGUGGUUUGACAGUACUGCCCAACCGGAGUUCAGAGGAAAUGCAGCCACUGAGAGGUGUUAAUCUCUGGCCACACCUCCCAGACAUCGCUAAGACCUUGGGGUGGAGGGACAUGAAACAGGUGGCCGAGUGCAGUGGGAUGACACAUACCGCCAUAGAAUCCCACCAGCUGAACUUUCCCAAUGACUCCCAGGAGCAAUGCUCCAGCCUACUGAGGGCCUGGGUGGAGAAAGAGGGGAUGACCACAGCCUCUGAGACACUGGUCCAGACUCUACUCCGCAUGAAGAAAAAGGUCAAGGCAGAGGAUAUCGUGGCUAUCAUCAGCAACCAGGAGGAUGGCGUCACAGGGCAAAACUCAGGAUCAGGACAGGUGUAGAUACUGUAUCUACAGUAUGGUCAAACCACUGCCUUUAACCAUGGACAGAUGACCGGAAAUAUGGCCGAAUAUAAACAGUCUAGUUAUUCCCCCCACAAGGCAAUCAAAAAUGUGAAAUGUUGUUAUAGGGACAAAGUGGAGUCGCAAUUCAACGGCUCAGACACAAGACGUAUGUGGCAGGGUCUGCAGGCAAUUACGGACUACAAAAAGAAAAUCAGCCACAUCAUGGACACCGACGUCUUUCUUCC